GGACGGUAGAGGACUCAUCAUCAUCACCACCACAGCCGCUGUCUGCAGACAUGAGCAGCGCUGACCCUAAGGAAUACCUGACCAAGACCGAGAUCCCCCAGCUUUUCGAGGGCCUUCUGAAUGGAUUAAUGUGCUACAGACCUGAUGAUCCUGUGGAUUACUUGGAAAACUGUCUACAAAAAGUGAGGGAAUUGGGAGGAACAGAAAAAGUCAAGUGGGACACAUUUGUGGGACCAGACAAAAGAAAUUUACCCCCGCUCAAUGGCGGACAAGCGCGAAGAUCGUUUUUCAGAAGUGUGUUACCAGAAAGUUGUAAUUUUCCUUACCGCCGGUAUGACCGGCUACCACCUAUCCACCAGUUCUCCAUAGAAAGCGACACUGACCUCUCAGAGACGGCUGAACUGAUCGAAGAGUAUGAAGUGUUCGACCCGUCAAGACCACACCCAAAAAUCAUACUGGUGAUUGGUGGACCCGGCAGCGGUAAAGGGACCCAGAGCCUGAAAAUAGCCGAUCGCUACGGAUUUGAAUACAUAUCAGUGGGUGAACUGCUGAGAAAAAAGAUUCACAACACGAGUAGCAACAGAAAAUGGAGCCUAAUCGCUAAGAUAAUAACGACAGGAGAACUGGCUCCGCAGGAAACCACAAUCACUGAAAUUAAACAAAGACUAAUGCAAAUUCCAGACUCGGAGGGCAUCGUUAUAGACGGAUUUCCCCGAGACGUGGCUCAAGCGCUGUCCUUUGAGGAUCAAAUCUGUACACCGGAUCUGGUGGUUUUUCUUGCUUGUGACAAUCACAAACUGAAAGAACGACUGCUGAAACGCGCAGAACAACAAGGGCGACCGGAUGAUAACCUCAAAGCUAUUCAGAGGAGGCUAAUGAACUUCAAGCAGAACGCAGUCCCGCUGGUCAACUACUUCCAGGAGAAGGGCCUGAUCAUCACGUUUGACGCUGACCGGGAUGAAGAGGAGGUUUUCUUCGACAUCAGUGCGGCCGUUGACAAUAAGCUUUUUCCAGCAAUGGAACCUGUAGCCGGACCAAGCGAGCUCGACCUAAGCCUUAUUCUAGACAUCGGGGAAGGAGCAGAGUCCACAUCAGAGUUUGAUGACCAGAAUGAGGAUAUUGCACACAGUUUCGGAGAUGAUUAUCUAAGAGAAGAACUAAAGAAGACAAAAGUCAUACUGAUGUUAGGUGGACCCGCAUCUGGAAAAAGAACCCAGUGUGAGAAACUAACACAGAAGUACAACCUCACGUACCUGUCCAUAGCCGAUCUCCUACAGAACGACCUGGCAGCAGCUUCCGAGAGGAGUAAACUGAUGAAGGACCUCAUGCAGCACGGGAACCCAGUGCCAAUGGAUAUCAUUCUGGACAUUCUGAAAGACGCCAUCAGUUCCUCUCUUGGAAACACCAAAGGAUUCCUGCUUGACGGUUUCCCCUGUGAGAUCAGACAGGCGGAAGAGUUUGAAUGCAAGCUCUGCACUCCGAGCCUCGUCCUGUACCUGGACUGUACUGCUGAAAUCAUGACCACACGGGUAGUCGGAAGAAAUAAGGUCAGUCAUCGGAAUGAAGUCACUGCAGAGAACGUCCAGAGGAGGCUACAGAUGUUCUACCAGGCCUUGGAGCCUUUACUUAUGUAUUAUGAGACCAAGGCUGUUCUGUGUAAGAUCAAUGCGGAGAAGUCUCUGGACGAGGUCUUCCUUCAGCUCUGCGCAUCACUGGACUCGAUUUUCUGAGGCUCACGGAGGGGUGAGCUGGAGUCGGCGACCGAGCGAUGGGAGCAACGUGUAAAUCUUGUAUAUUUCCUCAUCUGUGGCGCCUCCUCCUUACACCAGUGCAUGCUAUCUAUACUGUAGUCAAAGAUGGGUGAUCCCUACAGUCUAUACACACGUCAACUGGAAUGCUGCAGGCUUCUAUCCCAGGAGAAAACACUCACAAGGUGGCGCUGUAGGCACGGGAAACGAGGGUUAGUGCAUUGUGUAAGGAGCAGUAAUGUGCCCCGCUUUUCAAGUUGCACUAAAUUUAUCAGGCCCAGUGCACCAUUUUUUUCCCUGUUCCUAAACUCAUGUAUCCUUCAACAAUAUAGAUAAAACUCCCCAAAUUGUGCAAUGCCACUUUUCCGUAGGGAGCGAUCCUGCAGACAUUUUUUUAGUCUCCCAGUCA